GCAAUAAAUUCUUAUGAUAACAAAAACUGCAACACCAUAACUCUCAGCAGCUGAGUCAGUCACACAGAUUUUUCUCUCCGUCUCUACAAUCGUAACUGUAUAUAACCGUCAUCUUCUUCUUCUUCCUCUUAGAUCUCAAUCAAACCCUAAUUCUUCUCUUCAUCACUUCCAAAUUCUUCUCUUAACCAAUUAUUACUACUCAUUCUUCUCCAUUUCUCGCGCCACUUUCCGAUCAAUUUCCUAUCCGAACUUCUCCGGCGAGAUUUUACUAUGACGAUGAUGUCAUAGUAAUAGUAGUAGUAUUAGUAGAUAUUAUUGAAGAAGAAGAAGAAGAUGAAAAUGGAUGAUAGAGGUGCUUCAUUCGUUGCUGUUAGAAGAACGAAUCCGCAUGGAGAAACCUGCAAUUCAAAUUCUGCUGAGGCUGUUGCAGGAUCAGCAGCAUGGCUUGGUAGAGGUCUGUCUUGUGUCUGUGCACAGAGAAGAGAUAGUGAUGCUUCUAGCUUUUUUGAUUUAACUCUAGCCCAGGAGGAAUGCUUGCAGAGGCUCCAGAGACGAAUAGAUGUUCCAUAUGAUAGUUCUGUUAUUGAGCACCAGGAGGCCCUUAGGGCUUUAUGGAAUGUUGCAUUUCCUGAAGAAGAACUGCGUGGCUUGAUAUCAGAGCAGUGGAAGGAAAUGGGCUGGCAAGGGAAGGAUCCAUCAACAGAUUUUAGGGGUGGUGGUUUUAUUUCUUUGGAGAAUUUUCUGUUCUUUGCUAGGAAUUUCCCGAAAUCAUUCCAGGACCUUUUAUGGAAGCGGGAAGGAGAUCGUUCUGUGUGGGAAUAUCCAUUCGCUGUUGCUGGUGUUAACAUAACAUUCAUGCUGGUGCAGAUGCUUGAUAUUGAAGCAGUCAAGCCACGCACACUGGUGGGAGCAACUUUCCUAAAAUUUCUUGAAGAAAAUGAAUCAGCUUUUGAUCUUCUCUACUGCAUAGCUUUUAAGCUGAUGGAUCACCAAUGGCUUUCUAUGCGUGCCUCAUACAUGGAUUUUAAUACGGUGAUGAAAUCUACACGGCGUGAGCUAGAGAAAGAGCUUCUUCAAGAAGAAGUAUUGCGGCUUGAAGAUUUACCCUCAUACAAACUACUUUCACGAUAGAUAUCAGUCCAAAAAAACUUUUAACACUAAUGUGAGCUUAAAAAUUCUCACAGACUACAGUAUGUUUGAUUACUGAGUCAACUUUUAACACUAAUGAGAGCUUAAAAUAACAAUUCCCAAGGAGGCGAUUUCUUCCGAAGGAAUUACUUGUUGCUUCCAUUAAAAUGGCGUUGGGAUGAUAUGUCAGCGAGGUUUGAGAUGCAGUAGAUAAGCUUUUAGUCUAGUUGGAGGAUGAUAUUAUUGGCACACAUAAUGCCAGGAGAGUGUCUUAAAUGUAAAAUUGCUUGGUGUUAGAUUUCUAAGGAAUUGUGGGUUGUCUCUUUUGCCUGUUUUUCCCAUGUUCAUUACCGGGUAAAUGCAGCUUGCAGUUGUAUUUGGGCCAGGUACGAGGUGACCGAAUCUUCCUUAAAUGUUUCUGAAGGAUUGCAUAUUUGUUUGAGUAAAUAUACUGAAUUUUUUUUAUCAGAUCAUAAAAUACUGAAUAUAUUUGUUUGAGGAA